AUUGUUGGACAGCUCCCACCGGGAGAAUGCUUUGUGCUCCAACCCCCCGCGCGGGGAGUUUGAUUUCAGCACCCUGGAUUCGGACAGCUCCCCGCUGAGAAAAUAAAUGCUUGGGAAGCUGCUUGACAUCAACGUCUUUGGAGGAGUUUCAAACGUGAAUCAAAUAUGCGAGCAUCGCGGCCAGCCAGAGACUCGUUUGUACGCUAAGCAAAUCAAGAGCUUUCAGCAGCAGAGCUGUGGGCAGCUACUUAUGCAAGAGAAGAGAAUUCGGAGGCGCAGCACCUCCACCACUUGACAGAGGCGGCAUCUUUACAGCAAGGAGCAGGCAUCCAGUCCUCCCGGAACAAGAAAGUCGGAGUAUCUUUGGCUAGCUCGCCUGGGAAACCUCAAAAGAAGCCAGGAUCGGAGAGAGGCAGUUUCCCAUCGCCUAACAGGUGUCUCUGCUUUGCAAGAUUUAGAAGCUAAUAGAAGAUUGCUUUGGAGCUAGGUUGAGCCUCUGCCAGACACCCACUGCCAUUUCUGGUGCUGUGAGUUUCCUUCUGCAAAGGGGCUAGUGAAAGUGCAGCCGCUAUCAAUACCAAUGAUUGCUUUCACUGGGAUACAUCUGAGGAUGAACAUUCCUCAGGCAGCCACUGAGCCAACAGUGAUAUUUCCACGAGGUGCCAAGUACAACUGCCUCUCUUUCUCAACUACCCACAUCAAAUGGUAGGCCAACAGAGACCUUUGCUCUGACUAGGGUGACCUGGUGGUUCAGAGAACCUUUUGUUGCCCUUUUGAGGCAACACAAUGGCAUUCUCUGCCACCAUAUGGAUUCUGCUGGUCUACCCUUUAAUGUGUCACACCAAUAGCCAGAAUCCUAGCUUCAGCGCAGUACCCAAGAAGGAGAUCAGCUUGGAAGGUGACCUGGUUAUUGGGGGCCUCUUUCCAGUUCAUGAGAAAGGGAGCCCCACAGAGGAAUGUGGCAAGAUCAACGAACAUCGUGGCAUCCAACGUCUUGAAGCUAUGCUGUUUGCCCUAGAUGAGAUCAACAAAGACCAACGCCUUCUUCCGGGCAUUACACUGGGGGCCCAUAUCCUAGACACUUGCUCCAAGGACACAUAUGCUCUAGAACAGUCACUAGAUUUCGUCCGUGCCUCCCUCACCAGAGUGGAUGGCUCUGAGCACAUCUGUCCUGACGGAUCCUACGCCAUCCAUGAUGAUGUCCCCACAGCUAUCACAGGGGUCAUUGGGGGCUCCUACAGUGACGUCUCUAUCCAGGUGGCUAACCUCCUGCGACUGUUCCAGAUCCCCCAGAUCAGCUAUGCCUCCACCAGUGCCAAACUCAGUGACAAAUCUCGCUAUGAUUACUUUGCUCGCACUGUCCCCCCAGACUUCUACCAAGCCAAGGCUAUGUCUGAGAUCCUACGCUUCUUCAACUGGACCUACGUCUCCACAGUGGCCUCAGAAGGUGACUAUGGUGAAACGGGCAUUGAAGCUUUUGAGCAGCAAGCUCGAGCCCGCAACAUUUGCAUUGCCACCUCAGAGAAAGUAGGGCGCUCCAUGAACAAAAAUACUUUUGAUGUGGUGAUCAAGGCACUGAUGCAGAAGCCCAGUGCUAGAGUGGUAGUAUUGUUCACCCGGAGUGAAGAUGCUCGGGAGCUGUUGGCAGCUGCCCACAGGAUCAAUGUGUCCUUCACAUGGGUGGCCAGUGAUGGCUGGGGUGCCCUGGAGACUGUGGUAGCUGGUAGUGAAUCCAUAGCUGAAGGAGCUAUCACUAUUGAACUGGCAUCCUACCCAGUACAGGAAUUCGCUGUGUACUUUCGGAACCUUGACCCUUACAACAACAGCAGAAAUCCUUGGUUCCGGGAGUUCUGGGAACAUAAGUUCCAGUGCAGUUUUCACAACCAGAACUGCAGUCACCAUUCCUUAAAGAUAGGCAAGUUUGAGCAGGAAUCCAAGAUCAUGUUUGUAGUCAAUGCAGUCUAUGCUAUGGCCCAUGCUCUUCAUAACAUGUACCAGGCACUAUGCCCCAACGCCACCAAGCUCUGUGAUUCCAUGAAGCCGGUGAAUGGCAAGAGAUUCUACAAGGAAUUCAUGCUCAAUGUAACGUUUGAUGCUCCAUUUCGACCAUCAUCAGACACCAAAAGCACCGUACGAUUUGACCGCUGUGGAGACGGGAUUGGCCGUUACAACAUCUUCAACUACCACAAAGUUAAUGGAAGGUAUCGCUAUCAGAAAGUGGGUUACUGGGCAGAAGGGCUCACUCUAAACACCUCCCUCAUCCCCUGGGUGAAGACCUCAAUUCCUGUUUCCCAGUGCAGUGAUCCCUGCAAGAAGAAUGAAAUGAAGAGCAUGCAGCCAGGAGACAUGUGCUGCUGGAUAUGCAUUCCAUGCCAGCCCUACGAAUAUCUUCUGGAUGAAUUCUCUUGCCGGGACUGCGGUCUUGGCUACUGGCCUAACGAGACAUUAAAUGGAUGCUAUGAGCUACCCCAAGAGUACAUCCGCUGGAAGGAUGUCUGGGCUAUUGGACCAGUCACCAUUUCUUGCCUAGGUUUCAUCUCCACUCUGUUUGUUUUUGGGGUCUUUGUUAAAAAUAAUGACACUCCCAUUGUGAAAGCCUCGGGUCGUGAACUCUGUUACAUCCUUCUUACUGGAGUGUUGAUGUGCUAUAGCAUGACAUUCAUCUUCAUUGCCAAGCCCUCCACUGCAGUUUGCACCUUGCGGCGACUGGGGCUCGGUACUUCCUUUGCUGUCUGCUACUCUGCUCUGUUGACCAAGACAAACAGAAUUGCUCGGAUCUUCAGUGGGGUGAAGGAGGGCGUGCAGCGCCCACGGUUUAUAAGCCCCACGUCACAAGUGGUCAUCUGCCUGGCUCUUAUUUCCUGCCAGCUCAUUAUUGUCAUCAUUUGGCUCAUGGUGGAGACUCCAGGAACACGGAAGGAGACAGAGCCUGACAAAAGGUAUAUUGUCAUCCUCAAGUGCAACAACCGAGACUCAAGUAUGCUAAUUUCACUCACCUACAAUGUCCUCUUGAUCGUCUUGUGUACAGUCUAUGCCUUCAAGACCAGGAAAUGUCCUGAAAACUUCAAUGAGGCUAAGUUCAUUGGGUUCACCAUGUAUACCACGUGCAUCAUCUGGCUAGCAUUCCUGCCCAUCUUCUAUGUCACUUCCAGUGAUUACCGGGUUCAAACCACUACUAUGUGCAUCUCAGUUAGUCUUAGUGGCACUGUGGUCCUUGGCUGCCUCUUUACUCCCAAGCUUCAUAUCAUCCUCUUCCAGCCCCAGAAGAACGUAGCCAGUCAUCGAGUCUCCACCAAUCGUUUUAGCGUGACUGCUGCAAGCUCACAUGGGUCAUCUUCUCAGUAUGUUCCAACGGUGUGCAAUGGCCGUGAAGUGGUGGAUUCCACAACGUCCUCCUUGUGAAUGCCCUGUGCUUUCUGCCAGUGAGUGUAUGCUGCCUUUGUGCAGACUUCCUAGGAACACAUGCCUUUUUCUUUCCUAAUGGGCCUUUUAAAUUCUUUCCAUUUUACACAAAACUGCAUCUGAUUAUUGGACAGUCUUUUCCGGGGGAAAGAGAAAUUGACACAUGAGAACUGAGAACCAGCCUAUACCCCUGAAGUUUAUUGCCACCUCAGAGAUACAGGAAAACUUCAGGAUGCUUGAGUGUGUGCCUGUGAAAGGUUUCCUUUGUAAGGCAGAGACACUACUGACCAAGAUGGAUUCCCUCCCUCAUUCCUUGGGAGACAUGACAGCAUUCUAUAAAGACUGGAUAUUCAUAUUCCUCUUACCCAAACUACUGUACUAUUGUACUGCCCCACCCUUAAAAGUUUCCAUAACAAACAGUACAAUACUUCUGCUAUUAGAGGAAGGAGAACAACUGCCACAGACUUUGCAGGACUAUUAGGUGCUACAGGUUGAAUAAAUGGGACAGAAGCUCAUUAUACAAUACAUACAAAGAACAAGGAAGAAACACAGGCUUUGGGGCAAAGAAC